AUGCACGAUAUACCAUUUAGAAAGUACAUAUUUUCAACGGCUUAUAAAAAUUUAGCCAGUUGUGGAAAUAUUACAAUAAAAAAAAGUGUAAGAAAUUUGGAAACUUAUAUUGUAGUUAAAAAGUCUUCUAAUAUAACAAUAAAUAGUCAUAUAAUAGUUAUUUUAAAAUGCAUUUUUAAAGAAUUUGGAUAUAAUAGAACUAAAAUUGUAUAUUCAAAUGAUGAUACAUUUUGUGGUACAAAACAAAUUAAUGUAAUGAAUGGACUUAUUGUAUAUGUGAAUGAAUUAUCAAAAGCUAAUGUAUAUACAAAUAGUGAUUCAGGAUAUAAAUCUGGUAUAAUGUCUAUUGAAGCAGCACCACCAUGUGCAUUUUCAUCUAAUGGACGUGGAAACAUUCUUGUAUCAUUGAAUAUUGUUGGAAAGAUUUAUGAGUAUAAUUCUUAUGAUAAAGAAGGAAAAAGGGUUACUAAAUAUGGUCAAUAUGUAACUUUUCUUAAUAAAACUAAUAUGCAAGAUGAAUUUUUAGCCAGUAGUUCUGAUUCUAGUAAUAUUGAUAUGAAACCUUUCAUAGAAGUGUCAAUGCAAACGGAUACAGGUUUUUCUUACUUUUCCAAAAAGUCGUUUUCAAUUAAAGAUGUUCUUUAUGAUUUGAUACAUUCAAUAAAUUUUUUAGUUGAUAUUCCAUUGUGGUUUAAAACACGAGCAAAGUUAACUACUAUGCUUCCAGUUCAUCGAUAUACCUCAGAAGAUAUUAAACCUCAAAUUUCAGGAUAUUAUACUUAUAAAGGAUUUUAA